UAAAACUUGUGUCACGCUCAAUUCCUGAUGCAGUUUUAGACUGCUGAUAUGUGUAAAGAUCGGCCAAACAGCCUGACCAGUGAGAUCAAUGGAAUGCAACACAAACUACUGUCAGUUUGCAAUGGAUCUCAUACUGUAUCCAUUUAUAUGUAGUUUGUGGAUACCAGUGAGCCUGCUCAAACAGCUACUUUUAAAAUAUUCUUUUAUUGGAAGACAAAAAUGCAUCUUUUUCGUCAGUCUAACCUGUUCGACUAUGGAGACACUUGUAUACUUUAGCAUACACACUAAGACUGUCGGUAUUUAAUUAUUCCCAUGGGCACAAAUGCAGAAAAACAAAAGUACCCCUCUUCUCCUCCCCUCCUCCCAGUCCUGCUGUGGUAGAAUCAAAUUACAAUGCCUGAAUAUGAAAAUUCAUGGCCUUGUAGACCACCACGGUUGAAUGAGCAUAGUAGAAUUGUUUUAAUUAUGUGUGCUCUAAUCAUCAUAAGCACAAGAGAUUGGCACAUUUAAGACUGCCACUACAUGAGCUGCGCAGUCCAUUAAUGCACAAGUAAGAUCAGAUUAGGCAAUUAACAACCCUUAAGAAUUUGUUGAAGAAGCAUCGACAUGAAGGCUUCUUCCCUUCUCCUCUUGAUUCACAGCACGCCAAAUUGAGAUAAUGCUUUAUUCCUCUUUCUGGAGAGUGGGCGUGAAUACAAAUAGGUCAGGAACCCAACCCCCUCCCCUUUAACAGAGCAGGCAGCAACAGCAGCAGAGACAGCGUGACGUGGUGGGAGAAUGUACCGCCACCAAGCCUGGAGCUGCCUUUUAGAACGAGCACACAACUCACAGCGCUACCUCCUGUUCAUCCUCCUCCUCCCCCGCAGUUUUCGCCCCUCUAGCCUUCACACAGGCAACAUAACAACAGCACAGAGUAGAGCGUGAGGGGCUGCUGAGUGAGGAGGGCGAGAAGAGGAAAAUGGAAACAAAAAAAGGAUAGAGAAGCACAUGGAGAGAAGGGAAGUUAACACGAGAGCGUGUGAAUUGAAGAAGAGGAAACAAGGAUCUGCACGGAAAUAAGAAAAGCUGAACUACCCGGGAAACGGAAGGCAUCAUCCGUCUAUCUACUUUGAUAUACACAAAACGACGAGCGAGGACGCUGAAUGGACCCACAGCUGCAGCUAAUUGUCAACUGUCAACCAGAGGCAGCGGCAGCAGCAGCAGCAGCAGCGCAGCACCGUUAGCAUCAAAGCCUCUGGGGACAAUGCGCCAAGGCAGAUGGAGACUGCAACACUGGAGCUCUGACAUGUUCUGCCCAUGCAAGCACACGAACACACACUCACUUUCCAUGCAGGUGGUAGAUAACCACUUGUGCCUGAAGACAAUUACAUUUCCAUGUGUCGGUUGGAUUGAAAGAAGAGCAUGAUAUUUCAACCGUUUUAGAGUGAAUGGAUGAGCACCACAUCCAGGAACGAUGGACGCCAGAAAGAGAAGAGUUCUUACAUUAAAAACAGGCAAUCACUGGAUGUGCAACACUAGAGCAGACUCGUACCUUACAGCCCCUUAGUCGCCCAACCACAUACACGUAACUGUGUCUCCAGGGAUCAAGACCUGGUCAGGAGCUGCUGACGAUUGGCCAAUCUGACAACCGUCAGAGUGACUUAGUGCUGCCAGAACCAUGCAGUGGAGACGACGCCACUGCUGUGCACAUACAGCUAAACUUCUCUAUCUCCUCUCACUACUGGGUGUGCUGAUCUUUCUGGUUCAUCAGGUGUGGCUGCCUAGGCUCAAUGGUAUGCCAUGGUGGAGAGGCCAUCCUGUGGUGUACGGAGGUGGUGGACUUCAGACCAUCAAAGCCAGAUGGAACAUGAGCUCCCAACAUUCAAUGUGGAGGUUUGUGAUUGUUCCUCAGCCGACUUUCAAGGCUGACACUAACAUCAGCUCCCAUGAGAAGGAAGCUGUCUCCCCUCCUCAGGGAGACCCAAGUUUUGAGAACUCUCUGGCAGCCAACACUAGCCAAAGUGAAGAGGGAGACCUUAGUAGCACAAUAACCCAUGGGCCUUUCCCUUAUAUCAUCAACGAGCCGGAUAAAUGUGCAGAGAGCAGACCUGCGCCGUUUCUGGUGUUGCUGAUAGCCACUGAGGCUCGGCAGGUGGAAGCGAGGAAUGCCAUACGGCAGACGUGGGGGAAUGAGAGUGUGGCUCCAGCUCUGGGAUUCAUCCGCCUGUUUCUGCUAGGGAAAAAUGAGGGGGAGCUGGGGCUUUUACAGCAAAGGAUGCUAGAAGCAGAAAGACGGAGGUAUCAUGAUAUCAUUCAGCAGGACUUUCUGGAUUCCUACAAAAACCUGACCAUAAAGACAUUGAUGGGAAUGAACUGGGUGGCAGUGCACUGCCCGCAAGCCAGCUAUGUCAUGAAGACAGACAGCGACAUGUUUGUCAACACAGAGUACCUCAUCCACAAGCUGCUCAGGCCAGAACUGAAGCCCAAGAAGAACUACUUCACGGGCAACAACAUGAGAGGAUUUGCUCCCAACCGAAAUAAAAACAGCAAGUGGUACAUGCCCCCUGAGCUGUACCCGAGUGACAAGUAUCCCACCUUCUGCUCCGGGACUGGUUACGUUUUCUCGGGAGACUUGGCGAGAAAAAUUUACAGAGCAUCUCUGAGUAUCCGACAUCUGCAUCUGGAAGACGUGUAUGUGGGAAUAUGCCUGGCCAAGCUCCAGAUUGAGCCCACGCCACCACCAAAUGAGUUCCUAUUCAACCACUGGCGGGUGUCUUACUCCAGCUGCAAGUACAGCCAUCUCAUAACAUCACACGGGUUUCAUCCCAAUGAACUACUUAAAUACUGGCAUCACCUGCAAAGCAACAAACGCGAUGCCUGCAUCAACACAUUAAAGGAGAGAGUGGGAAGGACACACAGCAACCGAAUGAAUGGAGAGAAAGUAGCUCAGUAACUGAAAAAGUUUUCAGUUGCAAAAAAACUACAGAUGAUUCAUUUCUGCACAUGCUUCUUAACUUUAUAUCAAGGGAGUGCCACAUUUUAUCUGUAUAGAAAUGUGAAUUCUGCAUAAACUGAUGAAGUGCUAUAGAAACUAGAAUAGAGUUUCUGUACACAGUUCUAUUUUACAAAAGAAAAGGCUCAUGAGUGUUUCACUAUGCUGCAACAGUUACUUUUUUGUAAUAGUGUAAUAUCUACUGUAUGUCUUUUAUAUAUACAGACAGUCAAACUAGAGGGGACAGGGUACAGUGCCAAUAAACAUUUCCACAUGUGUAUCAAAUUGUUAAUGAAGUCAAUUCAAAGGAUUUCAACGUAAUGUCAGCUACUAGGGAUGGUUGCAGAACGAGGGACUAGCUAAGUUUUUCUUUGUAAUAUAACUGGUCCAACUAUGAAACAAUAUAUAUAUAUUUUUUAGGAAAUUACAUUUUAAUAAGUAAAGUUAUCUCACAUUUGAGGAUUUUAUAUAGAACAAAAUGUCUCUAUUGUAUCAUCAUAACUCCAGUGCACAUGUACAGAUGGAGAUGCAAAGAGACUGCCUAUAAAGGGAUGUGUGACUCAUAUGAUUUUCACACCAUGGUGAUCAGUUGUGAUCACAGGGGCACCGGAUGCAUUUCAGAAGUGCAGGGGCCAAAAAGUUCCUGUUUGUGUGUGUUUUGUGGGCACAGACACAUUCCACAUGUGUGCACUACUAAACAUGGUUGCAGCGUGAUAACUUUCCAGAGUUGUGAAUAUGACCGCUGUGCAGUGUUUUUCUGAUCAGCCUUUAAACGAGAUAAUCUGUUACUCCAACCGGACUGCUGGAUCACAUUUCACUGUCUCACCGACACUUAAAACGACACGCCCACACCAACGCAGCCCCUUAUUGUUUUACACAGGACUGCUUUUUCACCAUAAGGGCUUCUUUAUUACAAACAGUUCCACAGACCUCUUUAUAUAAAGUCAAUGGUGUAGAUUAGUAGCAGAACACAGAACAUUAAUUAUCGUCAGAUCCUGACUGAUCCUUUUAAUGAAGUUUCCGCUGCUGUGCCACGUCACUCUGUCACAUUAAAAUACCAGUUUUGAGGAGCAGAAAUAUGCGGAGCUCGGCUCAAACUAUCCUGAGCUGAAGCAGUGGCGGCCCUGGACCCAAAGCUUUGGCACUGCGCUCACAGCUGUUGUGUUCACAAACGAAAUGCGCACUUUUUUACCAUAAGUGUUGCAAUAUAGGGGCAUUUGAGGGGACACAGUGAUUCACGACUUAAAAAGAAUAUGGGAGGAGGGUAAAGUGGCCCCCUUGGCCCCCCUACUUGCAGCGCCAGCGGUUAGCCAUUAAGCAAGUAGUAAGCAUAUCAGUAACGUGAUGUCACAGAACAUUAUGAGAAGAUGAGUGUUUUCAUGCCUCUAAAUGUGAUCUUAAAACUCUUGAGAUUGGAGCUGCCGCGUUUACCAUGGUAACACAUUCAUGUUACGCCCCUGAGUCAAGCUUAUCAGUUGUUUUGUUUUUCCUGGAAAUACGUCUGAAAAAGUGGGCUCGUCUUAUAUUUGGAGUCUAGACAAUUACGUGUUCACAACAUCAGUGGUGUAAAACCGACUCCUGCACGGAGUGUUGCAUUAUGGGUUGUUUGUAGCCUUAAUGUUGCUAGGCUACUGUCUUAAAGUCUGUUUAUAGUGAGUGUGUUAGAGUCAAUCAGCACAGAAAGUGUUUCGUUAGUCCAGUUUAACCUGCAGGAGUUUCUGAAAGCUCGUUUAACGUGUUUUUCUGGGAGGAAAUAAAUUUGCGACGAGUGAA